AGGAACAGGUACGGUUGGUCAAUAAGACUUCCUCCAAUGAAGGCACGGUUGAAAUAUAUCGAUCUGGGUCCUGGGGAGGAGUGUGUAAAAACAGAAUGACGAAAAAAGAUGUCCAAGUUGUGUGUCGAGAGUUUGGUUUGCCUUGGAAUGAUGCUCAGUUAAUUAGAAAUAUAGGCACUUUACCAAGUUCCUACUUCAAAUGGUCUAAUAUUAAUUGCAAUGGAACAGAACAAAGUCUUCUAGAUUGUGAAAGAGAUUAUGACAGCAGCACUUACUGUUAUAACGCACGUCCUGCAAUAAUAGCAUGUCCAAAUGAACCAUGGAUAAGGCUGGUAUCUAAACAAACAACUAAUUCAGAAACUAGUGGAAUUUUACAAGUGUAUCACAAUAAAGAAUGGGGUUAUGUUUGUGAAAGUGGAUUUGAUGAGGAUGAUGCUGUAGUAGCCUGUCGAGAACUUGGAUUGCCAACGAAAUACGUGCAAGAAAAAUCUGCAAGAACAUCUUAUGGUUCCAAAACGCACCUGAAAUAUGUCAAUUGUAAUGGUGAUGAAGAAACUCUGUCUGAUUGCUCUGCUGACAAUGGGAGCUAUUGUUCAACUUAUAGAAACACCAGGGUUAAGAUCUUCUGUGAUAGUGAAUGCCCUCACAUGAAGUACGGUGACAAUUGUGAAGAAGACUGUCCGUGUAACAGCUAUAAUACCGAAGCCUGCGAUUUGGAGACUGGAGAAUGUAUAUGUAAGCCAGGGUAUACCGGGUUCUCCUGCAAUUGCCAAGUUGGUCUUCAUACCUGCAACUUAAACGUUUCUGAUUGCUAUGAGGACUCGCAUGAAGUAUCAUGCAUUUGCAAAAGAGGUUUUACGCAAUCGGAGCACAAUUGCACAGACAAUGUGCGCCUAAGUCAGGAAAAAUUUGUGCAAGUCUUCAAAGGUGAUGGAUGGUCUGGUAUCUGUACUAGCAACCUGAAGUCUAACGCUUUAGUUAUCUGUCGCCAUCUUAACCUUAGCACGGAAGUUGUAUAUUCAACUUCAAAGUAUAGGAGAUAUGACUAUACUAGGACGUCGUUCAGUUGUAGAGGAACAGAGAACAUGCUGUCGGAAUGUCCUUCUAGAACGGGCUCCUCUUGCUCCUACUCUCCAGUCGUCCACUGUGGCG